AGAAUCAUAUAACCCAAAAAUUCCAAAUGAGAGCCCUCCAAGCCAUCCCACCCCGCGUGGUUAAUAAUCCGUCUUCGCCAUCUCCGGCACCGCCACUGUCCGGCAAAUACAAGCUGAUCGCCAGCCACUGUAUCGCAUAUUCAGUACCCACUAUUCUUGGCCUCCUCAUGGUCAUCUUCCUGGCAAUACCCGCCAUGAUGCCACCGGAGUUCGGGCUCGACCCGGGCUCUUCCCUUUCGUCCCUCAACAUCUCCACCUCCCACGUCUCCGCAAAGUGGAACAUCGCUCUCUCUGUCAAGAAUCCCAGUAAGCUCAUUGCUGUCAAGUACACUCACAUGAAGCUCCUCUUGAGUUUCAGCCAACUCGCUCUCUCUCGUUCCCCCCUCAUUCCCACCUUCACUCAGGGCCCCGGCAAAGUGACCACAGUCCGAGCAGAGGCCCUGUCGACGAUUGCUAUCGUCAAUGACUUGGGCGUGAAGGGCCUGGUGAGCAUGUUGAAGGGCGGGGAGGUGACCAUCGACGUGGUCGCGAAAGCCAAGCGGAGGCUGCACUUGGGUCCAUGGUGGGUGGCCGUGUUGGACGUUUAUUUUUCAUGCAUGGACGUGACCUUCACGGCUCCGACCGACAGCGAGAGUGGCAGCGAUUGGAUGAUCCUCAGGGGCACCCUGAGCUGCACGCCGGACACCUUUACUAUACUCUGAUUCUCUGGACUCUGGCUUCUACAAAUUUGAACAUCAGUUCGAGGUUUCUCUCCUAGCCCAUUACUUUGGCCAAUACUUAAAAGUAUAGAAGACUCUCGGUCUCAUACGCUGCUGCUGGUUUAAUGUCAUACUUUUUUUGAGAUAUUGUAUUUUCUGAAUAUUUGAAUCUUCGGGUUACUUCCGAAGAAAUAGUUUGCACUUUACAUGUC